GCCAGCUCCGCCCCCGAGGCCGCCGGCGAGGGGCUCCGAGUCUCCGACCACCCGCCGUCUGCGAAUGCAGACUUCAACUGGGACGGCUAUGCGUCUUACGACUCGCUGGCUACAGUCGCUGCGGCGUAUGAUCGAAUGGCGCCAUUGGGCAGAGUUCAGGCCAUCUUUGAGUCCCAGCAGAAAGACCUGAAUGCUGUGUGGGACGACAUGCGGGACAAAGUCUGCGGCUCGUUGAUGCCAGGCGGACCGCAGCAGGCGGCUGCAGGCAGCGCCGUGCCGACCAGCUGUGCCAACAGUGCAUGCUCCAGCCGUACACCAGCUCCAGAGGCGCCGGCUGCAACGGCGCAGGGCGAUCUUACAGAG